AUGGCUUCUCCCGGCGGCGCCGCCCUGGUCAGUGCUGCUGUUCUUCUGGCGUGCCUCGGCGUGGGGGCCUUUUCUGCCGCCAGAGGACUCCAGCCCGUCUCGCCGGAUGGCGGCUACGGCGGUGGCGCUGGGCAUGGCGAGUCCCGUGGGCGGGGGCCGGAGGAAGGAGUUUUCACCUGUGAAGGCGGCUGCUAUGGCGGCUGCGGCAAUGGGGAAGAGCACGGGGCCGGGGUUGGCAAUGGCGGCGAGCUACGGCGAGUGUACAGCGGCCACGGCGGCUACAGCGCCGGAGCGGCGCAUGGAGAUGGCUACCACGGCGGGGGAGCCGUAGGAGGCACCAGCGCGAUCCCAGGCCGCCACGAGUCCACAGGCGGUGAGGGAAUCAACGGCGGCUUCGGAUAUGGCGUCGGCUGGGGAGGCGGCGAGGGGGCGGAAUGCGGCUGCGCCGCCCGCCGUGGGUCCGCCGGAGGCGACACUCCGUGA